AAUAGUCCACCUCUAAGCAACAGAGAGCGCAGAGGAAACUGAAGAGUGGCGCCCGCUGAGUUCAUCCCAACCACGCACCAGUAAUCCGAGGAACAGAAACCCCACAAUGCAAUUGACGUGGCAGAGAGAUCUGAUAAAUCUAAUACUUCCCAUAGCCGUGAUUUGUUGUUGCCUGCUAAUCGACGUAACCAGCGCUCAAGAGGCCCAACAACCAUGGUACGAGAAUCUUCCAGCGGUGGCCAUGGACUACAAGGUUCACAUAGAUGCUGGCAAGGAGGACUGCUACCAUCAGUACGUUAAGGCGGGAGCCACCUUCUACGUGUCUUUCAGUGUGGUGCGUGGAGGCGAUGGCAUGGCUGGUUUCGCAGUCCGGAAUCCAGCUGGUGAGGUGGUGAAGCCCUACCAAUGGCAGGCUACUGCAGACUACACGGACCAGGUCUCGCCAGGCGGCUACUAUUCCGUGUGCAUCGACAACCAGUUCUCCCGAUUUGCUAGCAAGCUGGUCAACAUCUAUAUCACGGUAGUGAAGUACGAUGCCUGGGACAAGUACGCCAAGGAGAUCGAACAGCUGCAGCUGAACAUGCAAAACUUCACAGCCACCAUUGGCACCGUGGAGCGGAAUAUAAACGACAUGAUGGGCUAUCAGGCGCAUAGCAGGCAUCGCGAAUCGCGCGAUUAUGCGUUGCUGUUGGACAACAAUGCCUAUAUUCAAACCUUCUCGAUUAGCCAAAUAGUGGUCAUAUUGAUCACGUGCUCUAUACAGGUUUUCUUUGUGCGCAAACUAUUCGAAGUCAAGUCGGGCUCCAAAAGUCGCAUUUAAGCUCGCCAAGUUAUUUUUAAAAGACUUCUCAGCUUCCUUUUAAAAUUCCAUCCGCAUUUCAAAGACAUUCAUUAUUCCCGCUGAACCCCUUGCGAAUUUUUGUAACUUAUUUUACCACUGGCUAAACUGAUCAAGUGCUACUAAGCAGACUUUUUCGUAAUUUCAACUACUUAUGUCAUACGAGUUGUAGACAGCAAAACUUAUUGUGAUAAGUGUACAUUUGUGUGUUUUGUUCAAUUAAAAUAUUGAAGAUUUUUGUAAUUGAA